CCAGCCACACCCACCCACCCGGUUCGGGCUGCGGAGUUCCGGCAGGGCCGGGCGUGGGCGACACUACGCGGGGGUUUUGGCGCUCCCCAGGCUCCUCGGGGCUAGAGAUCGCUACCUCGGACUCCCAGGCUCCGCUUUCCCUCUGGAAGCCCAGGCAAAGCUCCAGAGUCGUCGGGUCCCAUCCAAAAUCUCCCUGGAGACGGUGGAAGGGCUGAAGUGGCCGGGCGUCUCGGGGGUUUUAGACCUGAAAUGGCCAAAUAUCAGGGUGAAGUUCAAAGUUUGAAACUGGAUGAUGAUUCAGUCAUAGAAGGAGUAAGUGACCAAGUACUUGUGGCAGUUGUGGUCAGUUUCGCUUUGAUUGCUACCCUGGUAUAUGCACUUUUCAGAAAUGCACAUCAAAACAUUCACCCAGAAAACCAAGAACUAAUAAGAGUGCUUCGGGAACAACUUCAAACAGAACAGGAUGCCCCUGCUGCUGCUCGACAGCAGUUUUACACCGACAUGCACUGUCCAAUCUGUUUACAUCAAGCCUCCUGCCCUGUGGAGACAAACUGUGGACAUCUCUUCUGCGGUACCUGCAUUAUUGCGUACUGGCGAUAUGGUUCAUGGCUUGGGGCCAUCAGUUGUCCAAUCUGUAGACAAACGGUAACUUUACUGCUACCAGUAUUUAGUGACCAUGACCAGUCUCAGGAUGUUGUAUCGUUGCAUCAAGAUAUUAAUGAUUAUAACCGGAGAUUCUCAGGGCAGCCCAGAUCUAUUAUGGAAAGAAUUAUGGAUCUACCCACUUUACUGAGGCAUGCAUUCAGGGAAAUGUUUUCAGUCGGUGGCCUUUUCUGGAUGUUCCGUAUCAGGAUAAUACUUUGUUUAAUGGGAGCUUUUUUCUAUCUUAUAUCACCUCUAGAUUUUGUACCUGAAGCCUUGUUUGGAAUUCUGGGCUUUUUAGAUGAUUUCUUUGUCAUUUUUUUGUUGCUUAUCUACAUCUCUAUUAUGUAUCGAGAAGUGAUAACGCAGAGACUAAACAGGUGAAAAAAGUUUACUGAAAUAUGAGCUAAUGUGUACAAUCAAACAAAAGGAGCCAUGGUAUCAUACAGCGUUAGAAUAUUAUCUUACAAACUGAAGACUGCUGUAUGACAGACAUUUGAUUAUUAUUUGGCAAAUACCUAGCAAUAUAUGACUGGAAUUUUUACAUGUUGCAGGUUCUGAUAUUAAGGUUAGAAUUAUAAUAAUUUACAACUUUGUUUUGAUUGUGUUGUUUGUAAAGUCUCUGGGGAAAAAAACAUGAAAUUAUAUAAAAAGGGAUGCUUUCAUAUCUUUCUUUUCCCCCAAAUUACUCAGAUUAAUGGGAUGUAUAGUAAGAUAGUGUUAAAUGUACACUUUACCCAUGUUUCCUUCUCAGUGAGCACCUGUAGGAUAAUAUAUUGCAAUGAGACUCAUCUAAAUAUUUUUGUUACAAUAAAAUACUACACAGUAUCAGGGGAAAAGUGUUUUUUUUAGUACUAAGUUUUGUGCAUUUGGAGCAGUUCUGCUCUUCCAUUCUGAUACAAGUCUUUGUUAUUAGCUGAAAGUGAACAAAAAAACUUGAACUUGAUCAUUUGAUUUCACAUUCUGGUUUACAGAACACUGGGAGAGUUAACAAGGUGUAAGACAUUUAUGUCCAGCCAGCAUACUUAUGUUCUCAGUAUGGCAUGUAAACCAGAGUUUGGUCCUUUUAUAGGAACAGUGUAUUAAAGUAACUUGUAAAAGGAAUGUUUUUUCAGAAACCUGGGCAAUACUGUAAACAAAUAGUAGUUUGAUGCAUUUCUGAAAAAAAGUGGUUUUUCAUGGCUUGAGCAUCAAAGAGGGUACUAGGAGAGUACUAGGAAGAUUUUAAGUUUGACAAGAGGAAUUAUGGUGAACUAGAGUAACAGAAUGGACAAAUCUGGUUCGUUUUCUCUGGACAGAAAACUUGUAAUGCUGUCCCUAGAUGGUGCAGAAUGAGCAAAUGUCAGAUGUGAUUCAAUAGGAAGGUUACAUUGGUUUCUUUUUUUAACUGCUACAGUGUAACGCUCUCUUCUGCAGUUUUGUUUGAAAAGAACCAAAACCACAAGUAUUAUGAAAUCCCAGUUCCCUCAGCUGGCACUACUCAUUAGCAAACUGGACAGCAGGAGGUUGUUGAUGCCCAGGGCUGCUAGCUCUGUCACCUGAUAGUCAUAUUGUCCAUUCACACGCUAGUGAGCCUCCCUAUGUAUAGACAGACCAAAAAAACAAAAAAGAACAAAUCUAUCGAAGUCUCCCAAAUUAGAUUAGCCAUCGACUGAUAAGAUGCUGAAUAAUAAUAGUGCUUUCUAAUUUGGGUCUAGGACAAAGCUGCCUCUUGUUAGAGAGAAAAACAAUAAUGCUUAAAUAUCGCACAUUAUAAUUACAGCAAUUUCUCAAAUACUUUUCAUUUUAUGCUUAAAACAGUUAUGUGAAGAAGGCACGUGUCUUCCUUUUCACAGGUGAAAUCCCUGUUAUUGGUGACAGGUUUUUGGUUUGUCUGAAGCCACCAAGGUAUAAGUGACUGAACUGGUAUUGUAUUUAAUAGGACUCCUGCAUGGGGUUCAGGUAAAUGUGAGGGUUAUUGCAAAGAGGCGAAACUAGAGAGAAACCAGGGUCCCCUGGAGUCUUUUGGGACAUACUGGAGUAAGAUAGCUUAGGUACACCUAAAAAGAAAGGAAGGUCUACAAAGACGACGUAUCACGACUUCACGAAUCCUAAAUCUGCAGUUCCAAAUCAAACAUCUAGUAGGGUGGCACACUUCACAGAACAACAUUUCAGCUGCAGCUACCAAUUCUAAAAGCUAAGGAGCAGGAAUUUGUUACACUAGACUAGAAAUACAUUUCCUACCAAUUGCAAAUUUGGUGUGGGGUUAUAUAGCAAUGUCAUUUUUUAAAGGCUUUCUUUUUCUGUGCAUGUUCUGCUUCAAGUGUCAACAUUUCUAGUUACAAUAAUUUUACCGUAAUAUUGGAAUUCCUUGUAAGACUUUACUGGUAGAAGUGUAUUACACCAACUUUUGUAACAUACAAAAACACUGUAUUAUCGGAAGUCUUAUUAAAUAGAAAAGGGAACACGUGGGUAUUUCAGAAUUGUAGACCUGCUUAUUAUGUGUCUGUACUGAUCACUGAUAAUAAAUGCAGAUGUUAUCCGAGAGCAUUUAAAACGAGUCAAUCAGUGUUUUCAACAUAGUAAUACUUCUGUGAUUCAGAGUGAGAUCAUAUAAAUCAAAGCAACAAUCGGGACUCUGUAAACAAUAAUGUAACUGUCACCAAAACAAAUGGUCCAACCCUGGGAGCAGGUAACUUGGGCAGGUUGAUGGAAAACAAGACAGAGGGAACAGCUGUUCUCAGUGCCCACUGAGCGGUGGUUUCGGCCCCCACACUCUCAGCCUCUGAAAGCAACGGGAGGAAAGAACUGUCUUGACCCCUGUGGCCGUGCAGACGCCUACCUCAGAGAGUUGCAGAGAAUCGACGGUUUGAUUCAGACUUUGUGAUUUAAGAAUUUGUCAAACACCUACUCUUUUGAAUAAAAGCAACAUAUCUAAAAUUAAAAA